AUGGCAUUUUUAAGUCCAUUUUUCCGGAACCCAAUUACCGAUUUUACCAGUGGAUUAUCGACUGCUCAAACAGGCGAACGCUGUGCUGAAUUUGAAAUGAAUUUGAUGAAUUGUUAUGAAGCAUACGGUUAUCCAAAAGGUAUGGAAGUGUGCCGGGCAUAUUAUGACGAUUUUCAAGAAUGUUGUACAAAAGAAAAACAGGUAUAUAUAUUUCUAUAAUUUGUUCCAUAUAUUAUACAACUGGUAUAUGGUAAUUAAAUUAUGAUAUAUUUCUGAUAUAGUUCAAUAACAAAGCAAAGUAUACAGUAACUGUAUCAUCUUUAUGCUAAUGUUCUAAUAAUUGUCAAUAUUUAUUAUUAUUAUUAUUUUUUAAUCAUGUUUUGUGCAAGGGGUACACAUAUAUCAAGGAAAAUUCAAUUUUUAUUUUCAUCACUUAAUCGCUUAAAAAAAUUACUUUUUUUUUCUUUUUAUAAUUUUCAAAAUAAUCAUUUUGUAAAAUACAUUAUUCUAAAAAUCUGAAUGUUUUAUACAUUUAUAAAUGAUUAAUAGCUUCCUAGCUGUAACAGCUUUAAUGAGUAGAAAAAAGGUGUGAAAUUAAUAUUGAAUAGAAGAUAAGGAAUAACCGCGCUGAUUGUGAUUACUUAUGAUAUAGUGUGUUAUUCUAUUGAAAAUUAAAACACAGUCUACAAUCUAAUGAAUCUAAUCAAUUUUAUUUUUCCAAUAAUAUAAACAAGGCGUUUAGUUUGUUCAAUGGUGGUUAACUCUGUUUAAACUAUACCUAGAUGAGCAUUAGUUCAGUAAGUUUUUUUUGUUCAAAUACUCCAAAUGAUUACCCAGUAGAAUAAGAUUUAGCUUACUGUGUAUUUACUAGAAAAUAAAUUGUAAAUUAUUGAAUUAGAUUUUUUUUUAGCAUAUUUUAUUUUGUAAAAAAAAAAUGCCCGAAGAAAUGAGGGAUAAUUGGGUAAAGACCUUAUGUUGAGAGGAAGGUUUAGUCUAUUUAGAUUUUUUUUUAAGAAAGGAGGGAGUGUACAGUAAAUAUUUACAACUUAAAUGCCCUGAUAGAUAAUAAUGUUCGACUAUUGUUUAAUACAUAGUAUCUUAUAGUGUUAUCCCCAUGCUAAUAACUCUGGGGAUAUUUUUUUUUUCUAAUUGGGUUUUGUGCGAGGAAUUUUAUUUCCAUUCCUUAACCACUGGGAAAAAAAAAAUUUAUUUUUCCACUUUUUAAAAUUUUCAAAAUAGUCAUUUUAAUAGUCAUACAGAGUUGGUAUAUGGUAAUGAUGGCUUUCAUAUCCAUUUACUAUUAAGAUUUUUUUUUGAUUUUAUUUGCAAUAGGUAUUUUAUUACAAUCAAAUAUUAAAUGCAUACCUAUAAAAUAAUAUUAUAGUAGAUAGAAGUACAAAAACUGCAUGAUACAUGUUAUAAUAGAAUAUCUUUCACAGAUGGCUCGAAUCAAUGCUAUUCGAAUAGAACGAGAACGUCAAGCAAAAAUAAAUAAGGAGAUUACUUACGAAAAACCACCGGCAAUGCAUUCAUAUUAG